GGAAGGGGAAGGGAGCGCAGUGAGCUAGUGCUGCUUGUCGGGACUCCUGGGGUGUCUCCCCCAGGCAAAUUGCAGGGCCACCCGACCUGCUCUCGCCAGGAUGAAGGACGACGAGAGCCUGUCAGAGCCCCUGCUGGUGCCUGGGCAGGAGGGUGGUCCCUGUGGAAACUCCUCCAAAGAGAAGCACACAGGAGUCUUUGGGAGAGUCAGGGGAGCCUGGGCAUCCUGUUGCCAGGUGUCUGCAGCACCGACGUGGGUCCGAGGCCUGGCUCCUCUCACUUGGCAAUGCUCUGUAAGGAAAAGCAAGCCCUCAGAUGGUGUGUGGCUUCUGUUUUGCAUUCUCCUGAUCAUCAUGUUGGCUCUGCUUGAUCAGGCAUGGUUCUCGUCAAGCCUGUACAGGCACCAGAGCACAAUGGUCAUGGGGCGCUGUGGGCAGACCACGCCCUGCAGGCACCCAGAGCCGCCCCAUCCCCAGGAGCUGAGUGUCGGGAGCCUGCUGAGAGCCCGGAGCCAGGCCCAGCGCCCGGGGGCUUACCGGGACUGCCUGGACGUGGCGCUGCGCGAGUUCCGCCGGGAGCCGGCCGUGGUGCAGAGCAACGCCCGGCUGAUGCUGGACUGUAAUGGGACAGCCCAGGCUUUCCAGUCUGGGAAGAGGCAGGCCCAGAUCCAGGUGGCCUGGAUCGCUGGCAAGGCAAAGUACAACAUUCAAGUCAACAGCACUGAGGCCUAUGUGUCCAGGCUGAAGCUCAGACAGUUCCCCCUCAAUCUCACCAGCCUGCUAAGUGUGCAGCAGGACCUCACCUUCCGUAGGGCCCCGGAGCUGGUGGGACAGUGCCUGGAGCGGGCAGUGCAGGAGGUCUCACGGGUGCUGGAGUGCCUGCUGUGGGACGCUCAGCUGGUGGUGACGUGUGGGGGCGCCGAACUGACCUUCGUCUCUGGGGAGGGGCACAGAAAGAUGAAUGUGUAUGCAGAUGGCAAUGGGACGGUCCAGUACUGGGAGCAGCCGGUCGGGUGGCUAGUGCGGUUUGCCCAGCUACUGAACGUGAACUGGUGCUGAGUGUCAGGCUAGGAGUGACAGAGCAGGGUGGGGAACUGGAGUAGGGUUGGCAUUUGGCGUCAUGGGGCCAGAUCCCCACUGUGGUGAAUUUGCUGUGGCUCUAUCAGAGCCACUGGGACCAAAUUCCCAGGUGGUGCAGGACAGGCUGUGCCCACUGGGCUCUCCCCUUGCACUGAUGUAAACCAGGUAGCCACACAGUUAGAGUGUGUGGGCCCAGAUCAGGUCGAUCCCAUCAUGGUGGGCACAGCAGGUGUAGAAG